AGCUGUGCUUCCUCCUCCUCCUCUCCCUGUCUCCCUGUCCCCCUGUCUCCCAGUCUGCCCCACGGAUCCCCUGCACCCCUUGGACAUGGUGGUCGUGGGAGCCCCCAAAGUGAUCUUUAUCCCCGGGAAUCAGUGUGAGCAGGUUGACGCCUUGGGAUCCGUAAUGUUACCCUUAAGCAGCCCGAGCAGUCCGGAGUCGGUCAGCAAUGAGCUGCCCCCCAGGAAGAGACAGAGACUCACCCACCUCACCCCGGAGGAGAAAGCGCUCAGAAGAAAACUAAAAAACAGAGUAGCAGCACAGACUGCUCGGGACAGGAAAAAAGCCAGAAUGAGUGAACUUGAGCAGCAAGUGGUAGAUCUAGAAAUGGAGAAUGAGAAACUCUUGCUUGAAAACCAACUUUUAAGAGAAAAAUCUCACAGCUUGUUGACUGAAAACCAGGAGCUACGCCAAAGAUUAGGCCUUAGCACCCUGGAGGUAAAGAAGGAAGAAGAAUUGCAGGAGCUGAAUCAGUCCAGAAAAGAUAAAGUCAGGCCGGAGACCGGGUCCGCUGAGUCCGCAGCACUCAGACUAUGUGCCCCUCUGCAGCAGGAGCAGGCCCAGAUGUCUCCGAACCUGACAGUGUCUACAUGGAUCCUGACAGCCCUGACACUUCAGACUCUGAGUCUGAUCUCUUGUUGGGCCUUCUGGAAAGCCUGGACUCAGACUUGUUGCUUGCCUAUGAAGAAGCAUUCACUGGAAGCCCAGAUGAAGAGAUCAACGGAGAAGAGUCUGAUUCCAUAUCCUCCUCCCCAUCUUCUCCUGUGGGGACCCCAUCAGCCAAGCUGGAGGCCAUUAAUGAACUGAUCCGAUUCGAUCACGUGUACACCAAGCCACUAAGCACAGAGGAAAACUCUGAGCUAGGCGUUGAGACCAGCAUAGUAGUUAAAAUGGAGGAAGCAUCUUUCAGCCCUACAUGCAAUGAAGACCUGACCUGUGUGAAACAGGAACCACAAGAAGAUGACCUAGUCCCUGUCCUCGGAAUGCAAAGCUUUUUGCCCUGUUCCGAAAACAACCUUGAAAAAUCAUCAAACAUAUUGGAUACAGGAAGUGACUCUGGCUACGAAGGGUGCUCUUCACCCUUUAGUGACCUGUCCUCCCCUCUGAACUCUGACCGGGUUUGGGAAGACUCUUUCAGUACUGAACUUUUCCCUCAGCUCCUCCUCAGCACCCAUAUGGACCAGUCCAUUUGUCCUUCAUCUCCUGUUGAUGCCGUUUCUUUCUGGAGUCACAGCUCAGAGUUUGACGACGUACAUUUUUAAAUACAUCUGUGCGAAACCCAAUAUUGUUGUACAUUGCGCCCUUUCUUUCAGUAUUGCCAGGUUACUAGGCUUUGCCAUGCAGCUUUCUUUAACUGAAACAGAUAUCUGCCAGCAUCUUAUCUUUUUUUAAGGUAAAAAUCAUUCUGUGAUUCAGAAAGGGUCAGCUAAGAGCACAAUACAAAUCUGAUUAAUUGGAAAACUGAUUUGUAUUCAUUUUUUUUUUUAAUGUGGUACCCCAAAACACAAGAGGUACAUUUUUGCAAUCCAAUAUGUUUGCAAGGUAGUGCUAUGUCUUGUUAACUCGAGCAAUUAAAGGCAAAUAUUUAUUUAUUUAUGUAUUUUUGUUUUUAUAAGUACAACUCGCUCAGUGGUGGUUCCCUUCCGUAAUUGGGCACAGUGUGCCUAUCCUUGUCACUGCUUUGGUGUGCAGUGAUGGAAGCCACACACAACCCUUAUCUCAGUUAUUCUUUUUUUUCUGUGCUGUUUUCCAUCAAAUCUAGGUCUAGGUCAUUGAUGCUGUCACAUGGUCUCUACAGGUCUGCAUGAAAAAUUCAAUGCUCAUUAACCCCCAAAACAAAGGUGUCAUUCCACAGAUUAAACUUGUUUGCCAUUCAUAUCUAUAACAACUUAGUUUAUUUUCACUAAUAAAAUCCAAGCAACUUUUUGACAGUGCUGUGGGAGGAUGAUUCUACAUAUUGCCAAGUGUUCAUGGAAAUAACAAGUAAAGGGCAAGUAUUAAUGGAAAUUAAGUAUUUUCAAACAUGCAGCUUUUUAAAGUUCAUAAUGUACAAAUAUAGACAUAUGUUUCUGUGAUUACCUGAGGCCAAUAAGGCAGACUUUAUCAUUGCUUCACAACCUACCAGGUGCAUGGCAGUCUAUCCAUGGUGGAACUACAGAUCCCAGCAUCAAUUUUCUAGCAAAGAUGGUGCUGAAAGGUAAAGGGGAAUUGUAGUUUUUCCACCAUUUCUGGCAUCCCUUUAUAAAUGCAAAAUGCAUUGUGUUGGCCUUCUCUGGUUACUCACUGCCACGUUUUUAUUCCGUUUGAUCGAAUUAAAUGCUUUCCCAUUAAACUGUCUUUAGAUCGGGUCAGAUUACAUGACACUGCUGCUGAUUUUAAGAAGAAGAUUUUGUUUGUAUCUGCAAUGACAUAUUCUCAGCAAGUUUGCCUUUCUGUUAAGAUUUUUAGUUGUGAUCCACAAAUGUCCUUGUAUAUAAAGUUCUACCAGCAGGGGGUAGGAAUGUACAGAACCACAGUAUCCUGCAGAUCAGACUUUUAUUUUAAAUUUACUGUGUAAAUGAGAUGAUUAUAUAUUUCCACCAUUUUUAUUUUAGAGGUUAAGAAAUUUGCUUUCUCCAUUUAAUAUUUAAAACUACUAUGCCAUUAAAGUGCAAUAAAAAAAA